CUUUCACCACCAUCGUCUGAGUCUAUAUUCAUCAUGGCAACCAGCACCACAGAAUCUGGGGAUUUUUCCAUUGCCAAUGCAGCGAACAUGUCUCCAUUAUCUGCAUAUCAAGUUCUUGCAGCCGUGUUUCUCGGAUAUGUGGCACUCAAUAGAUAUCAGUACUGGAAGAAAACGCCAAAAGUGAUGCCGCUAGGUUUUGGGUCAUUGCCAUGGCUUGGGCCAUGGAUUGGCACAGUUAGAUUGCUUCGGGAUCCUGUCAAGUUGAUACGCGAGGGAAUGGCAAAAUCUAACAACGGACUUAUGCGGAUAGCGACCAUUCAAGGGGAAUACAUUUUGGUGUCGGAUAGAAACAAAGUUGCCGAAUACCUAAGAGCUCCCGAUAGCGUUUUGAACGCGCAAGAAGGGGCCAACGAUCAACAGCAAAUUCCUUUCACCAUGGGUUACGGAGUUGGACACCGUACUUAUCAUACACCUGUUGUUCGCGGUCCAAUUACUCAAAGUAUCAAUGCUUGGACUCCACUUUUGGUUGACGAAUGUUGCCAAUCCCUCGAGGAAAUGAUUGGCAGUCCACGCGAUCAUAAAGCAAUAGCACUCUAUGAUGUUAUAGCAAUGACUGUGGGACGUAUGGCCAACAGAGUCUACGUUGGAACCGAUUUUUGUCGCAAUAAGGAAUAUCUCUCGAAUGCAGCUGAUUAUGCUCAAGCCGUAGUCAUCACAUCUGAAAUGAUCAGGCCCUUUCCGAGUUGGUUCAAGGGUAUCCUAGUACGGUUCAUGCCUGUAAUGCGCCAUAGAAAGGCUGGGGAAAGGUUCCUAGGGCCCUAUAUACAAGAGAGAUUGAACGGAAAACUGGAUGAAUUUGGGGAAAAGCCUACCGAUCUCGUCCAGAGGCUCAUUGAUGCUGCACCGCCCAUCGAAAGAACAGUACCACAGCUAGCUGAGCGGGUCAUGGCUUUGAACGUAGCAUCAAUACACACAACUACCAUGACUUUGACCAGCGUGCUCUACACUCUUGCUGCGGAACGGGAAAAGUAUCAAGAGGUUUUACGCAACGAAGUACUGGAGAAUCUCGAAGAUGGCCAGGUGACAGUAAAGACUUUGGGUAAUCUUCCUAAGAUGGAAAGUUUUCUCAGAGAAUCGGGUAGAUUCAACAACAACGGGCUAAUGGCGAUGCAACGAAACGUGAAAAAGGACUUUACCUUCAGUGACGGAACUGUGCUUCCAGCAGGCGCAAAGGUUGGCGCUCUCACUCUAGCGCUGCACCGAGAUCCAGAAGUGUACGAGAACCCUGACGUAUUUGACGGGUUCCGCUUCUUGCAAUCCGGGCCUUCUGUAUCAAAGCCGAGCACAUUGGUGAACACUAGAGCAAGCCUCCACGUGUUCGGUCACGGACGGCACCCGUGUCCUGGGAGAUUCUUGGCGGUUCACGAGAUGAAGAUUAUAUUUUCCACACUUCUCCUGCAAUAUAACUGGGAACUUGCGCCAGGCACAGAGCCAAAGACGUUCUACAUCGCGACAAUGUUUGUACCUGAUACAAAGCUCAAGGUUGGAGUUAAUCUAGUUACAGAGGGGUAA